AUGUCAGACGUCAUCAGAAGGUACGAUCCUACCCCCUGCGAGCAGACACAUCAGAAAACCAGCAAGAGGGUCCAUUUUGUCAGAAACUUAAUCAGGGAAGUUGCUGGGUUUGCUCCUUAUGAGAAAAGAAUUACGGAGCUUCUCGAAGUCGGAAAGGACAAGCGUGCUCUGAAAGUGGCAAAGCGAAAGUUAGGGACACACAAGAGGGCCAAGAAGAAGCGUGAGGAGAUGGCUAAUGUUCUGAGGAAGAUGAGGUGA